AUUAGAUCGUCACAAGAGUCACUCCGUGGGCGGAAUUGUCCGGAGUUCGAUGGACUUCCUGAGCAAGGGGUACAAGUUCCUUCAGGAGCUGGACGAUCCAAAGGCCGAGACCCAGCACGCAGACCUGGAGUCGUCCCUGGAUGGUGUGGCAGAGAAGUGGCUGGGCUGGGCAGUAGGCGGACGCCCAGCGCAGGCACCGGCCGCGGCCACCUCCGGAGGUUUCGAUGAUGUCCUGGACGAAGCUCAGGACUCGCCCCAUGCAGAGUCAGAGGGUCGAGGCGAGACGCGCGACACGGAGGGACGCGGUGCUCUGGUCGAGGCGGAGGAGCGAGAGGCGCCAGAAAGCGCGCCUGUCUUGGCCAUCGAUCAGCCUUCAGCUCUGGAUGUGGUUGGUGCAGACACAGAGGCCACGCUUGCAGAGGUCGAGGCCAUCGACAAGGUCGACGUGGGCGAGACAGAGGCUGAAGAAAGUCAGGGGAUGAACGGAGAAGAGACUAGCGAGCCUGAGCCCAUGGAACCUGCGCCUGCUGGGCCUGAGCGCGUGGAGGCAGCGGAAUCUGCAGAGCUGGAGCCCGCGGAGCUUGCGGAGCCGGUGGAGCCUGCAGUGUGGCAGACCGAGGCACCAGCAGAGGGUGACCUGGCAGACCUCGAUGCGGAUGCAGAGAUCGCAGAGGUGUCGGAGGAGAGCCCGUCGAGCCCAUCGAGCCCGUUUCCACACUCGGCACUGCCCAAUGUCCAGCCGGAACUCGCACCCAGCAGCGACAUGGCAGAGGGCAUGGAGGGUGCGGAGAGUGCGGAGAGUGCGGAGGGCGCGGAGGGCGAGGAGGGCGCGGAGGGCGAGGAGGGCGCGGAGGGCGCGGAGGGCGCGGGGGGCCCCGAUGGUGCGCAGAGCACGGUUGCCGAGGUUCCCAUCAAGGAGCGAGGCGAUGCAAAGGAGAGUUGCAGCCCUCACAGCCCAGCUGCGGAGGCGGAGCUGCGGCGGGUGGCGGGCGAGCUGGCUGAGGCGCAGGGCCACCUGAAGCAGAGGGAGCGGCAGCUGGCGGACCUCUCCAAUGCCCUGGCGGAGAUGGAGGCCCGGGAGACCACGCGGCUGGAGCAGGCGCAGGCCCUCCGCGGCAAGGCCGGGGAGGUGGUGAAAAAGGCGGAGGAGAAGGCGCAGCAGUUCCUGAAGCGCGCGGAGCAGGCAGAGCAGAAGGCGGAGGAGUUGAAGGAGCGCGCCGCCAUCGAGGUGCGGCGCCUGAAGCAGGAGGCGCGAGACAUGGAGCAGGAACUCCUCAAAGCGCAGGAGACCUGGCGUGAGCGCAUCAAGCGCGCCGAGGCGCGUGCCUCGGACCUGGAGAAGGAGGGGAAGGAGGCGGCCGCUGCCACUAGCACGGAGCUCGCCAAACUGCGGGCGCGCCUGCGUGCCCAGGCCUCGGGCAGUGAGGAAGCCCGGUCAGAGCUGGAGGCCUACAAGGCCAGGGCCGAGGAGGAGUUGGGCCGCGUGAACGAGCGCCUCCGCGCCAGCGGGGACAGCGAGCUGCGGCUGCGCCAGGAGCUUCAGAGCAGCGAGCACAGCCGCCAGGAGCUGCAGGAACGGGUCGUGGAGCUCUCAGGUCAGUUGGAGCAUGCGCAGCAGGCGUACAGCGAGGCUGCGCGCGAGGUGGGGACCAUGUCCCUGCGGCUCAACGAGCUGGAGUUCAGCCAACGUGCUGACAGCCACUCCGAGGACCUCCUGAGGCAGGAGCUGAGCUCUGCGCGGGAGCGCCUGGCGGCGUUGGAAGAGCGGCACAAGGAGUGCGUGUGGAUGCGGGACCACGCUCUGCAGCAGGCGGAGGAGGCGAGGAGCAAGAUUCAGGCCGUUGAGGCUCAGGCCGAGGCCAGAGAGGCGACCCAGGUGUCAGCCGUCCAGGUGCCUGAGCAGGCUGAAGAGCUGGAGGCUGCGCAGCGGGAGGUGUCCUCCCUGCAGCAGCAGCUGCAGAAGAUCCUUGAGCAGCAUCAAGAGGAGCUGCAGCAGCAGGUGGCGAUCUCCAAGGAAGAGAUUGACUACCUGAAGCGCAAAAACGACGAGAAGGACAAGCGUCUCGAGAUCCUCACCUGCGAGCGCAAUGCGCUGCGCUACGAGAGCUCCGAGGCGUCGGUCAAGCCAAGCAAAGUCGCGCCGGUGUCCAUCGAGGCCGAUAAGGAGAAGUUGGUCGACCUCGAAGACGGCACGCGCAUGGACAGAGAAGGCUCCGGAGCUGUCAAGGCCUUCUGCCUCGACGGGGAUCUGGUCCUGAAGCGCUUCAGCAAACUGCUCUUUGCGAGCCCUACGACGCGGAGGAUCUUCUAUGGCUAUGUCCUGCUCCUCCACAUUUGGAUUUGGGUGGUGCUUCACCGAGCUGCUGCUGUACACUCGUCUCACACCAUCGCCAAACCAAUCGCACCUGGAUAAAA